AUGCCCCCCGCCGCGUCAGGCAGCGUGUGGCGUGAACCGACCAAGGCGGACAAGCCUCCAAAGGAUGCAGACUUGCAGACGGCAUGGCUCUUCCUCCAGGAUGGUGUGGAGCACAUUAUGACCCGCCUGCACCUGGGCAUGUCGUAUCAGUACUACAUUCUGCUGUACACGGCCAUCUACGACUACUGUACUGUCCCCAGCCGUGGCGGCAUCUCCUUCAACCAGAAGGGGGGCGCCAGCCUGCAGGGUGCGGACCUGUACAAGAAGCUCAACCAGUUCCUCACAGAGCACUGCAAGCAGAUGCGCGACGAGGGCGAGAAGCUCAACGACCUCGAGCUGCUCAAGUACUACGCCAGGCAGUGGGACCGUUACACCACUGGUGCUAGCUACGUCCACAAACUGUUCAACUACCUGAACAAGCACUGGGUCAAGCGCGAGAAGGACGAGGGCCGCAAGGACGUCUACACCGUCUACACUCUCGCCCUCGUUGCCUGGAAGCGCAACUUCUUCCGCUACAUCCAAAAGGACACCAACGAGGUGUCGCGUCUCACCCAGGCCGUCCUCAGGCAGAUUGAGCUCCAGCGUAACGGCGAGUCGAUCGACAACGGCCUCCUCAAGAAGGUCAUUGAGAGCUACGUCGCGCUUGGUAUCGAUGAUGCCGACGCCCAGCGCCAGAACCUGGACGUCUACAACGAGUGCUUCCAAAAGUACUUUAUCCAGGCCACGGACAAGUACUAUGCCGCCGAGUCGGCUGCCUUUGUCACUGCCAACUCGGUGCCCGACUACAUGAAGAAGGCCGAGGACCGUCUCCAGGAGGAGGGGGACAGGAUAAACCUUUACCUGCACGACAGCACGCGCCGCGAGCUCAAGGAGAAGUGCGAGCUUGUCCUUAUCCAGGCCCACCAGGAGCUCCUGUGGGAGGAGUUCCAGUCGCUGCUCGACGCCGACCGCGAGAGUGACCUUGCCCGCAUGUACGGUCUCCUCAUGCGCGUGCCCGCCGGCCUCGACCCGUUGCGCAAGAAGUUUGAGGACCACGUCAAGCGCGCCGGUCUCGCCGCCGUUGAGCGUGUCCUGCCUGCCCCCGGCGCCGUCAACGAGGCCGGCAAGGCCGAGACCCUCGACCCCAAGUCGUACAUUGAGGCUCUCCUCGCUGUCCACAGCAAGUUUGGCGGCAUUGUCAACGGCCCGUUCCGUUCCGAGCUCGGAUUCAACGCCAGUCUCGACAGGGCAUGCCGCGAGUUUGCCAACACCAACGCAGCAGCCAAGAGUUCGUCGCGCUCACCCGAGCUCCUUGCCUCGUAUGCCGAUCAGCUGCUGCGCAAGAACAACAAGGACCUCGACCCCGACUCGCUGGAGCAGGCUCUCAACCAGGCCAUGGUCAUCUUCAAGUUUAUCGACGACAAGGACGUGUUCCAAAAGUUCUAUCAGAAGAAGCUUGCCCAGCGUCUCGUCAACGGCGGUUCGGCCUCGGACGAUGCCGAGUCGUCCAUGAUCUCCAAGCUCAAGGAAGUCUCGGGUUACGACUACACCAACAAGCUCACCCGCAUGUUCUCGGACGUCAACGUCAGCCGCGACGUUACUGAAAAGUUCAAGGAGAAGGACCGCCGCGACGGCCAGUCCGAGGACAUUGACUUUACCGUCAUGGUUCUGGGCACCAACUUCUGGCCCCUGGCUCCUCAGCAGACCGACUUUUCCAUCCCCCGCGAGAUUGCGCCCCUCCACGAGCGCUUCACCAAGUUUUACAACGACGUUCACUCGGGCCGCAAGCUGACCUGGCUGUGGCACGUCUCGAAGAACGAGCUCCGCACGACAUACCUCUCGCAAAAGUACAUUUUCAUGACUAGCGCGUACCAGAUGGCCAUUCUUACCCAGUUCAACGAGAAUGACAGCCUCACGUACCGUGACAUUCAGACCGGCACCAAAAUCGUCGACGGCUUCCUCAAGCCGCAGAUGGCUCUCCUCGUAAAGUCCAAGGUCCUUCUUCUCGACGGCGACACCUACGACUUGAACCUCAACUUCAAGUCCAAGAAGAUUCGUAUUCAGCUCAACAUGCCCGUCCGUGCCGAGCAGAAGGCCGAGGCCACCGAGGUCCUUCAGGCCGUCGACGAGGACCGCAAGUUUGUCUACCAGGCGACGAUUGUCCGUCUCAUGAAGGCCCGCAAGCACCAGGCACUCAUCCAGGAGGUGACGGCGACCAUCUCGACCAAGUUUACACCAAAGGUGUCGGACAUCAAGAAGGCGAUCGAUUACCUGAUUGACAAGGAGUACCUGGAGCGCGGCAGCGAGAAGGACACUUACAACUACCUCGCCUAA